AUGUCUCAUACUAAGGACGAAGUUGAAUUCACUUUGAAAGUAGUGAUAAACAAACAUGCAACCAAAGUGCUAUUCGCAGAAAUCGACAGCAAUUUCGCAGACGUUUUACUAAGUUUCCUAACGUUGCCAUUGGGGACGAUAAUUAGACUUGUCGAGAAUCAAUACGAAGAAGCCGAUAUCGGAAGCUUAACAAGUUUGUACAACGGCCUAUCAAAUCUCGACAGUCGCCAUUUCUCGACGGAAGGUGUUAAGAUGACGCUUCUCAAUCCAAGAAGCUCAUUUGAAGCUGAAUACCGUAAGCUGAAACUCGAUAUUAACGACACAAAGCCCACCAAAUACUAUGCUUGUCAAGACUUGGACUGUGUCAGCUCUAGAGAGUCAAAUAUAUGCAUGUACUAUGAUACUGCUGUAUGCGAUUGUGGGCAACCAGUUGCAAGAGAAUUCUAUUAUAUGACUACUUUGGACUCGGCCGCCUACGAUGAUGGAGGAGUUUUUACGAGAAAUGGAGCGUAUUUCUUAAUUUCUGAUGAUUUGCAAAUGGUGCCUAGUGUGGAAGGAUCUGUAAUGGAAACUCUGAGCAUUCUUGGAAUUACAGACAUGGAUGGAGCCCAGCUAAGGAAUGUGGCUUUCGGGUUCAAUAAGGUUAUUGAUUUGCUGAAAGGGUCGUUGCUAUCGAGUACUCCAUUGUCUGAUAUCAUACUCGGUGAAAACCGGAAGUACUAUUCCGAAGAAAAACCUCCAGUAGGCCGAGUUUUAUUUCACGGCACAGAGAAAGAAGCAACAACUUCCUCGAACUCUAAGAAGAUGAUCUUGAAAUUGAUGCUGAAGAAAUCCACCAAUGAGUUAUUGUUUGCUCAAUGCGAGGAGGAUUUUAUUGAUUUCCUUUUUAGUUUGCUGACCAUCCCUCUAGGAGGAGUCGAGAAUCUUUUGGGCGGUAACACUUGUCUUAAGAACAUAGACAAUUUGUACACAAGCCUAGAAAAUAUUAACGGGGACAAGUAUCUGAGGAAUCCAGAUACAAAAGAAUGGAUAUCGGAGAGCAUUUGGAAUGAGGUAAGAGAUGGUCUUGUUGUUGAGUUUCCGGAAAGAAUGGGAAGUUAUGUUAGAGAAGGUGGACCGACAAUGUAUAUGGUCAAUGAUGAUUUAACCGUCACUCCUCUGUAUAUGUACUCGACUCUUUCUAUUCUAAAUGAGAUGAAAGUCCCUUUGUCUGAUGCAAGAGAAGUUGAGGUGCAUAUUGGAUUACAAGAGGGUUUAAGCAUACUGAAGGCAUCUCUUACAUCGAAUUCUGCUCUAAUAGAUGGCCUAAAGACAAAUUCAAUGCUAAAAGAAAAUUGA